CCACCCCAAAACCAACCAUACGAUUUCCCCCGAGCUCCCCUAAUUCCCCUGCCCCCCCAGCGGCCCCCCGCUACCGUCGUCCGCCCGACAUCGCCCACCCCCCAUUUUCCGAGCUGGCGUGGCGACGCAAACUCACAAAUAUUUACUUCCUGUACAUCAAGAGGAAAGGGGGCUCCCCUUUCGUGGAAUGCGGCAACAUGGGCGUUUUUGACCGCGGAGUUCAGAUGCUGCUGACCACGGUAGGGGCCUUCGCCGCCUUCAGCCUUAUGACCAUCGCCGUGGGGACAGACUACUGGCUGUACUCGCGCGGAGUCUGCAAGAUCAAGAGCAACAACGAGAACGAGACCAGCAAGAAGAACGAGGAGGUGAUGACGCACUCGGGCCUCUGGAGGACCUGCUGCCUGGAAGGUUCCUUUAAAGGCAUGUGUAAGCAGAUAGAUCACUUCCCUGAGGAUGCCGACUAUGAGGCGGACGCUUCAGAGUACUUCCUUCGUGCCGUACGAGCCUCCAGCAUCUUCCCCAUCCUCAGUGUGAUCCUGCUCUUCAUGGGGGGGCUCUGUAUCGCCGCCAGCGAGUUCUACAAGUCACGCCACAACAUCAUCCUCAGCUCCGGCAUCCUUUUCGUCUCUGCAGGUCUGAGCAACAUCAUAGGCAUCAUUGUGUAUAUAUCAGCCAACGCUGGGGACCCUUCCAAGAGUGACUCCAAGAAGAACAGCUACUCCUACGGCUGGUCCUUCUACUUUGGUGCCCUCUCCUUUAUCAUGGCCGAAAUGGUGGGCGUGCUGGCCGUGCACAUGUUCAUCGACCGCCAUCGGGAGCUGCGUGUGGGGGCACGAGCCGCUGACUACCUCCAAGGUGCGGCCAUCACACGCAUUCCUAGCUACCGCUACCGUUAUCGACGCCGCUCACGCUCUUCGUCCCGUUCAACAGAUCCCUCGCACUCUCGUGAAGCAUCACCAGUGGGCCUGAAGGCCUUCGGGACGCUGCCCUCAACUGAGCUGUCCAUGUACACGCUGCCCAAGGGCCAAACGGGCACCCCAACAGCCACCUAUAACUCCACGGAGAGGGACCACAACUUCCUGCAGGUCCACAACUGCAUCCAGAAGGACCUGAAAGACUCAGGCGGCAAUUCCGCCAACCGACGCACCACACCUGUAUGAAACUGAUGGAAGGACCUCAGACACUAGAAAAAUCAGAGGGAAUCUGGGGGGAGGCGGCAGAAGACAGAUAAUGGUGUAAGGCAACAGGAAGAGGCUUAUGGAUGGGGUCAGGAGUUAGCAACAGAGGGGGAGUUCUGAACACUCCACAGCACCUCAGAUGAUCAUUGAGUUUCUGUUUUAAAAAAAAGGAAACAGAGAAAAAAUGCAUAAAAAAAGAAACAUGCAUGAUUUUCCCAUCUACCAUUGUUUAACAAGUUUUGAACAUGUUUGUAAAGAUUUGAGGGUGAGGAUGGGGAAAGAGGAGUGGGGAGGGGGGUGGGGGUGGCCGGUGAUUGUCUGUCUCGGGGCUGUGGAACAAUGGAGUGGUGAGCUGGGCCGGACUACUUGUUAAAAGGCGAUCUUUAUAUUUUUUACUCUUCCGCAGUCCGAUGGAAAAGGCGACGUAGUUGACCCCUCAGCCCCGCCUAUGAUCCCGCCCUCACACUACCAUCCCACAAGCCCCCCAACACACAAACCCAACCUCCCUUUGACCCAGCUCCUUUCUUUAGUUGCUGUAUCUUCUUGAUUUCAUUCUUUAUUCGCAUUAAUACUGUGAACCUUUGCGGUGUGGGAUUUUAGCAGGGAGCAACUCAAACCGCAAAAAAAAAAAAAAA